UUCUUUCAACAGCAGCAACAGUUAGUCAGACACUUCCGUAGCUUGCUAGACAAAAUAGCCGAACCAAUAAAGCUCUUUAGAUGCGUUCGUGUAAAUUAGCCACUGUGUUUUAAACCCACUUCUGUCGUCUAGUUAGUUAUCCGUUUUAAUUUCAUAUUUACGGUGUUGUUAUUAUUCAUCUAGCGGGCUGGUUAAGUUAGCAUUAGCAUAGCUAGCUAACUUACCCAACCAUGAGCUCACUAAGCUACUCUCAUCCUGCUAAAGAAGAGGAGGUCUGCUGGACGGAGAAAGAGGGUCUGUGGCUGAACAUUGUCGCGGAAGAGGAGGAUGUCACAAUACAAAAACAAGGAGAGGGUGAGGCUGUUACAGUGAAAGAAGAGAAAGACGUUAUAGUUAAAGAAGAGGAAGCCGCGUUCAGAGUGAAAGAGGACGAGGACAUUACUGUGAAAGAAGAGGAGGAGGGGGAGAAGACUGUCACAUUGGAAGAAGAGGAGGAAACUGGAUAUCUGGGCCCAGUUUACCAAAGACAUCUUAAGGCAUCAAAUGGUUCUAACGAUGAACGGGCGCUGAUUAACACUAGAGAGAGAUGUGACUAUCCUGGGUCCUCUGGGGAGUCUCAACAACAUCAUGAUGCUGAAGAGGCAGAGAAGAGUCUCUCCACAUCAGAACACCUCAAGAAACACCAGCAGAGACCCACAUUGAAUAAUCCUUACUGCUGCUCUGACUGUGAGAAGACCUGCAAAUCUAAAUCAGAACUUGAUAUACACCGGAGAAUCCACACAGGAGAAAAGCCGUACCAUUUCUCUCAUUGUGGAAUGAGUUUCUCUAGAUCAUAUUCAUUGAAAAUACACCUGCUAAUUUACACAGGAGAGAAAUCUUAUAGCUGUACUCAAUGUGGGAAGUUUUACUACAUCUUCCAAUCUGACUAAACACCAGAAAACACACACAACAGAGAAACCUUAUAGCUGUGAUCAAUGUGGGAAGAGUUAUGUUACAUCUAGCUAUCUGACUUUACACCAGACAACACACACAGGGGAGAAUCCAUUUAGCUGUACUCAAUGUGGGAAGAGUUUAACUACAUCUAGUUCCCUGGUAAUGCACCAGAGAAUACACACUGAAGAGAAACCAUAUAGCUGUAAUCAAUGUGGGAAGAGUUUUACUCAGCCGGACACACACAAAUGUAUGUAAUCAUGUCUGAGUGUGGCCUGAUAUCAGAUAUAAAUAGAUAGUGUAAAAACAUAAAUGGAUAGCAUACAGUCAUAGAUACAAUUUGGCUAAAUAGACCUCCAAACAUUUACAAUGAAUAGCAAUAUUACAAUAAUGGCUACGUUGAGACCGACGGGAGCAAGGGAAGAGUUUAAAACUACAUCUAGCUCCCUGGUAAUGCACCAGAGAAUACACACUGAAGAGAAACCAUAUAGCUGUAAUCGAUGUGGGAAGAGUUUUACUCAGCCAAAUGGACUGAUAUUACACCAGCGGACACACACAGGAGAGAAAUCGUAUAGUUGUACUCAAUGUGGGAAGAGUUUUAUUCAGGCAAGCUGCCUGAAAGUACACCUGAGAACGCACACAGGAGAGAAAUCUUAACACUGCUCUGAAUGCGAAAAAGUUUUGUUAGCUUAAGUGAUUUAAAAUCGCACCAGAGAAUACACACAGGAGAGAACUGUUGGAGCUGUGAUCAAUGUGUCAAGAGUUACUUUGAUAAAAGAUCUUUGAUCAAACAUCAGAAAAUACAUAGAUGAAGGAUUUGUUUUAAUGUCACAAUGUAGAAUGUUUUAACAUUGUAGUAGGAGUAUUUUAAUGAUGUCAGAAUGUAGAACCCUAAAUGUUUGUCCCCUGCUCUAUUUAUUUUAGCCUCAGGGGAAAAAAUCCAGGCUCUGAAUUGAAAGAGUACUAUUUAUGUGAUUUAACAAAAAGUGAGUAACAAAAAAAGAGUUGUGUUACACUUACCACGUUGGUGACCCACUUGAAUCAAAAUGCAACACUUCAAAAUGUAGCUAGCUGUUUUCUACAAAUUGUUCUCUAACCAGUGAUGUACACAUUACUCCCAGGUUCCGUGUGGUUUUUGAGCUAUUAGUUUUAACAGGGCGUGCAACCUCAUCUCCCUCCUCUCGGCACAAUUGAUUUCAACAUGAUAUCUAUGAGUUAUGACAAAUAAGUGUUGUGUUCCUUUGUUUAGCCACCCCUAAAUUUAAAUGCAUCUUUGAAAAGAAGACUGCCCGACGGCCAAUAAUAAAUUUGUCUAUAAUCAAUUGUAUGAACAAUCCUACAUCACUCCAGUAUUUCUUUACAACAUCCAAGUGCUAAUGGUCAUUAUUCCACUACUGAAGAAGCAUGUCUCAAAUCACCUCAUAUUUCAAACAUCCAGCCUGACAAAAGAUACAUGUUUAUUAUUCCAUGCCUCAUCAUUAAGUGAAUUAUUGCCAAUACAUAUUAACAAAGGGGUGUACAUUUGGUUUUUAUAUUUCAUAUUUACAAUUCAUGUAACAUUUAGUAAUCAUAAUUAUUUAUGUAACCAACUGACAAUUUCGGGGUGCAAUUAUAUUGACAUUAUUGCCCUGCUUUUAGAAUAUCAGGGUUCAUUCUCAGAUGUGCCAACCCAAAUGUACUAGAGCAUGACAUUGGCGACUGGGCCCGAUCCAACAACAUGCCUAUCGAGUGAACCCUGAAAAGGGAGAGAAGCUCGUCUGUGAGGUGGAAAGUUACUACGGAUAUUGCAGGAGUUUCCUCUUGAAAUCAGACAUGCCUGUGGUAAGGACAACUUGGUUGCUGAUUGUCUCAAGGGUGGGCAGUCAAAAAGAUUUGUGAUUUGCAUUUAGCCAUUGCAUUGCCAUGGAUCACAAUUUAUUUUGACUGCACAUUUGAGUGAGUUUUUCAAAAAGUAAGAUUGCAGAAAAUAUAUACUUAGAAAUGCAUGUUUUUUCUUAUUUUUAAUUGUAGACACCAUGUUUAUAUUGGUGAAGCAUUGUAGUUGGUUCUAAUGUGAAAUGGAAGUUGUUUUCUGUUGGCGGUAAGCGAACUUGUCCAACAAAAAUAUAGGAUAUAUUAUUUGUCUUUAGGGGGGAAGGUGUUACAGUCUUUGGUUUUUGCAAUUAUGUUUUGAGGUUGGACUUUAGCACGUAUAGCUCAUUAGAACGUAGGUGACACUGAUUGGUGUCACCUCGUUAGUCAGUAUGUGUUACACCUGUGCUGCCUUGUCCAUCUUGUUAGUGGGAAGGUGUUUCACCUGAGCUGGUCCAGGUUCUAUUUCAGUGUCUGGCCCAGUGCUCCAGUUGUCUUGAUCGAUGUGGAGAGUCAACACCUUUAGUUGCUCCACUUUUUUGGUUUGCUUCCUGUCUUUAAGUUUGGUGUGGGAUUUCUUUUGUUUGCAUCUUCUUGGGUAGAUUUAGUGGGUCUCAUGGUGGGUGUCUUUUAGGUCCCAGUUGUUGUUACUAGUCAAUUUUCAGUGGACACCCCCAUAGUGUCUUUCAGAACCCCUCUAAAAAAAAACUCCUAAAACACCAUGCCUGCUGAAGGCGUGGUGGAGUGGUUAACACCACCCCCAGCUCUACCAGGGGCUUGUGGUGGUCUCCCACAGCUCUGCUUAUGUCAUGUUCUGUGGCCUUGCCAUUCCAUUUCUUGACUGCCCCUGCAACACAGAAAGAAAAACAUUUAGUCAUAUUAUAUAAAACACUCAAAGUAAUGGAUAUGGAGCAUCUAUGGCCUCAGUUACACCUGGCACCUAAAUGUGACUUCUGUCAUCCCAUCACUCCAAGCUGCAUUAGGUUCUGAUCUACCAGGAUGGGCGUGUGACAUAGUCUGGAUGCAGUCGGGGCACUGAAUAUGCAUCAGCAAUGUAAAGAGGUGGGGUGAAUGCGUGGGGAAAAGUAUAUUUGACACAAGUGACCUUCAUAAUAAAUCAAAUCAAAUGUUA